CUGGAGCGGGGUGUGUAGCGUCACACAGACCUACACACAUACACGCGCACAAGUACAGGGUACAUGAUAAAUAGGCUCACCGGGAUUUGUCACACCUCGAUUAUACUACACCUGUCACCAUGAAACUAGUAAGAUUCCUUCAGAAGAUCAACGGCGAGUCCGUGUCAAUAGAGCUGAAGAAUGGCACCAUCGUCAACGGCACCAUCACAGGCGUGGAUGUGAGCAUGAACACCCAUUUAAAGGCCGUUAAAAUGACUGUCAAAGGCCGUGAGCCCGUUAACCUGGAGACCCUCAGUGUGCGUGGCAGCAAUCUGCGAUAUGUCAUCUUACCCGAUGCCUUGCCCUUAGAUACAUUACUCGUAGACGACACAUACAAGACCAAGACUAAAAAAGCCAAGGAGAACGCCAUGCGAGGUGGACGCGGAGGAAUGCGAGGGCGAGGUGCGCGUGGCAGAGGCAGAGGUGACCGAGGAGGCCGUGGCAGACGCUAAGGGCCACUACAUGUGCUUCGCCGGCUUAUUGUAGCAGGCAGAGCGUAUGAUAUUUGGACCCCAAAAGCAGCUGUUGUAGAUCCGAUGCGCAUCUAAAACAUCCCGUCCGAGCUGAAACAACCACAACAUCGAUGGAUUGUAUUCUCUUAUCUACAGCCACUCUAGUUGCAUGCGUUGGGAGAUGGUCAGGCGCGUGGCCAAGCAAGUACACACAAGGCCAUGCGCAAACAUGCAUAUAUGGGAUCCACACAAUUUGUGGCUAGAGCUACCUGAAAAUUCUAACUAUCACACAAAUAAAGCAACAGCACAGCGACAAGAGACGCUGUCACAGCGCCACACCGCAACCUGCGAUGGCUGUGGAGAGGGCGUCUCUCCGGUGUGGUAGCUGUGUGGGGUGGGUGGGGUCUGAUCUGCAAGUGUAACACAAUUGAUAAUAAACUAUGUUAUCUAAUCCUUC